GCCGGAGGGACGAGCUGGCUGAACCAUGGCCCAGGGGACAGUGAUCCAUGUGGCCCCAGAGCAGCCCACCUAUGCCGUGUGUGUGCUGGGCACCGAGACUCAGCUGGAUGUCUAUGGCUCUGCCCCCAAGGGCUGCACAUCCUUCAGCAUCAGUGCCUCCCCAGGAGUGGCCGUAGAUGUUGCCCACAGCCCUCCAGCCAAGAAGAAUCCCACAGGCUCCUCCAAGUGGCCCCUGGACCCGGGGCUGGAGGUGCGCCUGAGGAUGACAACUGCCAGCAGUAGCAGAGGUGACCAGAAGGUUCAGAUUUCAUACUACGGACCCACGACUAACCUGGUCCAAGCCCUGCUCUAUGUCACCGGGGUUGAAAUCUCCUUGAGCGCGGACAUUACCCGCACGGGCCACGUGAAGCCAACCAGAGCCGGGGAGAACAAGAGGACCUGGACCUGGGGCCCUCGUGGACAAGGCGCCAUCCUGCUGGUGAACUGUGACCAAGACGAUCCCAUGUCUUCCACCUUGGACUUCGAGGAUGACAAGAUGCUUGACAGCAAAGACCUGCAGGACAUGUCCCUGGUGACCCUGAGCACGAAGACCCCCUGGGACUUCUUCACCACGCAUCAGCUGGUGCUCCACGUGGCCAGAUCGGAGAUGGACAAAGUCAGGGUGUUCCAUGCCAAUCGGGACAAACAGCGCCCCGGGUACAGGGUGGUCCUGGGGCCUAAGCAGCCCUCCCACCUCCUGGAGCUCCCGGGCGGCCAGCACAGCACGGACUUCUACGUGGAGGGCCUCGCUUUCCCAGAUGCCAACUUCCCAGGGCUCAUUUCCCUCACUGUCUCCCUGCUGGCCACGAACAACCCGGCGCUCCCCAAGGCCCUGGUUUUCCAAGACAGCGUGGCCUUCCGUGUGGCCCCCUGGAUCAUGACCCCCAACACCCAGCCCCCGAAGGAGGUGUACGUGUGCAGGAUACUUGAAAAUGAGGACUUCCUGAAGUCAGUGACUGCUCUGGCCAAGAAAGCCAGGUGCCAGCUGACCAUCUGCUCCGAGGAGGAGAGCAUGGAUGACCAGUGGAUGCAGGACGAGAUGGAGGUGGGCUACGUCCAGGCCCCGCACAAAACGCUGCCCGUGGUCUUUGACUCCCCGAGGAACAGAGGCCUGAAGGAGUUCCCCCUCAAAUGCGUGCGGGGUCCAGAUUUUGGCUACGUGACUCGAGGGCCCCAGACAGAGGAGAUCAGCGACCUCGACUCCUUUGGCAACCUGGAAGUGAGCCCCCCAGUCACAGUCGGGGGGAAGGAGUACCCGCUGGGCAGGAUUCUCAUUGGGAACUGCAGUUACCCCAGCGAGGAGAGCCAGGAGAUGCACCAGGCCCUGCAGGACUUCCUGAUCGCCCAGCAGGUGCAGGCCCCCGUGAAGCUCUACUCCGACUGGCUGUUCGUGGGCCACGUGGACGAGUUCCUUAGCUUCGUUCCCGCGCACAAGAAGGGCUUCCGGCUGCUCCUGGCCAGCCCCAGGUCCUGCUACAAACUGUUCCAGGAGCAGCUGAAGGAGGGCCACGGGGAUGCUCUGCUGUUCGAAGGCGUCACGAAAAAAAAACAGCAGAAAAUAAAGGACAUUCUGUCAAACAAGAAACUGAGAGAACAUAAUUCAUACGUGGAGAGCUGCAUCGACUGGAACCGGGAGGUGCUGAAGCGGGAGCUGGGCCUGACGGAGCGGGACAUCAUCGACAUCCCCCAGCUCUUCAAGCUCCAGCAGGACUCCAGCGGGACCUUCAAGGCUGAAGCCUAUUUCCCCAACAUGGUGAACAUGCUGGUGCUGGGGAAGAACCUGGGCAUCCCCAAGCCCUUCGGGCCCAUCGUCAACGGCCGCUGCUGCCUGGAGGAGAAGGUGCGGUCCCUGCUGGAGCCGCUGGGCCUCCACUGCACCUUCAUCGACGACUUCGGCACCUACCACGUCCGGCACGGGGAGGUGCACUGUGGCACCAACGUGCGCCGGCAGCCCUUCUCCUUCAAGUGGUGGAACAUGGUGCCCUGAGCCCGUCCCCAUGACAUCCUCUCCCUCGGGAAGCUCCUGGCCAGAGGCUCAGGUCCCCUGCGCUGUGGCCCAGCAAGAGCUCCUGGGGACGUUUUGGCUCCCCUGGGGGAGCUACUCUCCCUGCGGUGGCUUGCUUCCUUCCCCUGUGUCCCGGCCCCUGGGGCCCCGCUCUGAAGAUCCCAAGACAGUCCUGGCUUUGCAAACUCAGUUCUGCUGCAAUAAAGCUUUAUAA